AUGGACUCCGAGGGUCGACGGCCGUCGGUCAACGGGUCGUCGACGCGAUCUGCGCGAGUUCGUUACACGGGCUUCGCUGUCCAGCUGCUGGACAUGGUGGCCUCGGCGCUUGGACUCGAGUACGAGAUACGCGCGUCGGCGGACGGCUCCGACUACGGGACGCUGUCUGCGCGCGAAGGAAGAUGGAGUGGGCUGGUGCGAGAGGUCUUCGAAAGGCAAGAAGCUCGCACUUAUGUAGCGGCGCUGCAUAGGAAGACAGUUGAGCAGAAUGUAAAAGAGCACUUCUUAUAUUCACAUCAUGGGUUGGAAACAGAUGGCCGGACAAGUAAUGAGGCCGACCUGGCUAUCGGUGACAUCACCAUAACGAGAGAACGGCUGGAGUACGUCGAUUUCACCACACCCUUUCUGCAGGUCAGUGUUACGCUCACAUAUCGCAUGGCGUCUUCCGCAUGGCUGCUAAUGAAUGACCUCGGUGUUCUGUACCGCAAUGUUGACCAUGACUUUCACGACCAAUCCGCGUUCCUUCGUCCUUGGACGGGCGAGCUCUGGCUCUGCACGGCCAGCGCAGCUCUGGCUUCGUCCCUCGCGCUGGCAAUCGCUUCGAGGCUCAGCGCCGCCGAGUGGGUUCCCGCCGCCUCAUCAAGAUCGGCGACCAUGGCGAGACGCUCCACUUCCUGCGGCGCUUACCGGAAGGCACCCCGUCGGGUGCAGACGCUGCGAAAUCGGUUCACGCUAGUCGACAGCCUCUGGUUCAUACUCGGUUCACUGCUGCAGCAGGGCACAGAGGUAUUUCCCAGGGCACUCGCAACCCGAAUCAUGGCUGUCGUCUGGUGGCUCUUCGCCUUGGUGCUGAUCACAUCCUACACUGCCAGCCUUGCGUCGCAGAUAAUCGCUCAGCACCUGCAGGCCCCUCUUAUACAAAGCAUCGGGGACCUCUCAAAGCAGUCCAAGAUCAACUACGGCUGCGUCACCAAGAGCGUCGCGAGAGGGCUUUUAAAGGAGUCAGCUGACCCUCACCUGCAGAGGGUGUGGUCAACGAUGGAAAUGUCCGGGCCACACGCUUUCUUCGACUCAGUAUCUACCGCUGUGGUAAAAGUGCGCGAAGAAGGCUUCGCCGUGCUCAUGGACUCGCAGACCAUCGAGUACCUGGUGGCCCACGACUGCAGCGUCCUCCAGUUGCCGGGUCGUCUCGAAACCGGUGGAUUCGGCUUUGCCAUGCCUCAUGGCUCCCCACUGAGGCACUUGUUCACCAACAAAAUCCUAGAGCUUCAGGAGAACGGCACACUACAUGCCUUGCGUCAGCGGUGGUGGUUCUCGACGCCCGACGUCGACGUGGGCGCUGACCGCCGCUGUAACCCGACAGCAGACGGCAGCAGCUCAGCGGCAGGAAGCGCAAGCGGGAGCAGAAGUGGCAACAAAGACGUCGUGGGCAUCCGUGGUCUCCUGUUAGUCCUGGGCAUUGGUUGCCUCGUGUCAUUGGUGGUGGUAAUCGCCGAGUGCCUCUGGAGCCUUCGAUGUUCGUCGAAGAGGAGAAACCAGGUUGGCUGA